AUGCCUGGAGGCAGGACUGCCCACUCGAGGUUCAAGAUCCCAUUGAGCUGUGACGAUGGCGCCUCAUGCACCUUCACGAAACAGAGUGGUACCGCCAAGCUACUGAGGAUGGCCUCAUUGAUACUAUGGGACGAGGCCACCAUGACUAAGCGACAGGCGGUCGAGGCACUUGACAACAGCAUGAGCGACAUCAUGGGAAGACAGGACCGACCCUUUGGAGGAAAAACUGUUGUGUUUGGCGGGGACUUCAGGCAGGUGCUUCCGGUCGUCAGGAGGGGGUCCCGGGGUCACAUAAUCAAUGCAACCCUUCGAAGUUCACACCUCUGGAAGGGUAUGCACCAGCUAAGGCUCGUCACCAACAUGAGGGCUCAUAAUGACACCUGGUUUGCGGAUUACUUGCUAAGGGUAGGCAAUGGCACCGAGGAAGUUGACGAUCAAGGAAACAUACGACUCCCUGAAGAUAUUUGUGUGCCGUCUAGAGGCAAGGGUGACGACCUGGAGAAGCUGAUUGACCAUGUGUUUCCGAGACUAGAUGACAACAUGUCCGAUCCGAAUUACAUGACUUCACGCGCAAUCCUCUCCACCACGAACGACAACGUCGACAAGAUAAACAUACGCAUGGUAGAGCGUUUUCGGGGAGAAGAAGUAAUCUACCAUAGCUUUGACAGUGCAGAAGACGACCCAUAUGGCUACUACGCUCCCGACUUCCUAAAUGGAUUGACUCCCAACGGUCUGCCUCCGCAUGCACUCAAACUGAAGCUCAACUGCCCCGUCAUACUUCUGAGGAACAUUGAUCCGGCUAAUGGUUUGUGUAACGGGACGAGGCUUGUGGUGCGAGGUUUCGAGAGGAACGCCAUCGACGCAGAAAUCGUGAUCGGACAACACGCAGGUAGGAGGGUAUUCCUUCCUCGAAUACCCCUAUGCCCGUCUGACAACGACAUGUUUCCAUUCAAGUUCAAGAGGAAGCAAUUUCCUGUAAGGCUUAGCUUUGCUAUGACGAUUAACAAGGCUCAAGGCCAGACGAUUCCGAUUGUUGGCGUGUACCUACCUAAUCCUGUGUUCUCUCAUGGUCAACUCUAUGUCGCACUGUCUCGAGCCACCGCAAAGAGAAACAUAAAGAUCCUCAUUGAGAAGGAGAAGGAGAAGGAGAAUGCCAAGAAGCAAAGCGGUAAACCUAAGAAGCGAAAAAGACCUGCCUUGUCCUUACAAACCUCGAUGAAGAACAUCGUCUAUAAGGAAGUCCUUACAGGCUGA